CUAGGGCUCACGCCGAGCGACCAUGAAACAGCAAGUACUUCGCAAACCUGACCACUGCGAACGGACGUAUAGUAUUGACGUCAGAAGGGCCAAGCAACGCUAUUGAACGCCUCGGUGUGUUUAGAAAUACUCUAUUGCGAAAUGUAAGUUUGCAGUAUAAGUAUGACAAACUUCCGCCAUCCAAAGCCACUGAACAAACACAACCUACAGCGACAAGUCCAGCAGCAUUAGCAUCGGCAUCAAUCUGAAUCAGAUAACUGGAGACAUCAGGGCAACAGACCAGAUUUUGCAUUUCCUCGAAGAGCAGCUACAAUGUCCAAGCCAGGCGAGGACUUCAUCCCGCUCCUACCAACCCAAAAGGAAAAGCCAAAAUCACACUUCUAUGGCCCUGCAGCACUCCAAUCUAUCAUCCGAGACCAGUUCACAAUCCAGACCUGGUUGGCAUUCGGAGCCGCCGCCCAAGCAGUUCUAUACGUCGCUGUAGGCGCCUACGCCUUCGUCCCCGUCACCUUCUACCUUCUCCUCAUCGGCCUCGAGACAGCGCUCAUAAGCACCGGCCUCAUAUCCAACCCCUACAUGAAAGGCGUCAUCCCCAAAAAGUUCUCCGCCCAAAUCCCCGAUGCGUCAGGAAACUACGGCUCCAAGCCCGCAGACACAGAUAUCGUUGUCUUCCUCAUCGGCGCCCGCUCCAACCAUCCCCUCGGCGUCCUUGCCCCAGGCAUGCCAACUUCAGCAAAACAUUUCGAAAACCUCGCCGGCGUUCUCGAAGACCACGCUGACGAAUUCGGUUUCUUGGGAAUGACAUCCUGGUUCAAUUAUACUCAACGCAGCACCAAAUCCGAUUCCCUCUACGUGUGCUAUUUCCGCACUGUCGAAGGACUCCACGCUUUCGCGCAUUCGAGUUAUCAUCGAGAAGCGUGGAAUUGGUGGAACACAUCGACGAAGAAAUAUCCGCAUCUUUCGAUUUAUCAUGAGACGUAUCAUGUUCCCAAAGGACAUUGGGAGAAUAUCUAUAUUAAUAGUUAUGCUUCUGGAAUUACGAGCACGACGACCAAGGUGGUUGAUAAGGAGACUGGAGAAGAGAGGUGGGCGAGUCCGGUGGUGGAUGCCAGUAAGGGAUUGUUGAAGACGAGUGCGUCGAGGAUGGCGAGGAGUCAUGGAGGUGAACAUGAAGAAUAUGGAGAGGAUCCUUAUCAGCGAGGAUAUGGAGAGGGAUGGAAGGCAGAAGCACUGUCUACCCAGUAGGCUCGCAGCAGAACGGAAUCAUAGACAGCAUGGCGUUUGGGGAUAGAUAGGCAGGGGUGGUUUGCAGAUCUUGUAUACAUACAGCGAC